CUAGUGUUUAUAGGUUGUUUGUGGGUUAUCUGUUAUGGAGUGAGGGAAAUCAGAGCCCCCAGAUUGGGGUGUUUUUGAGUGUGUGUGUUUGGUUUAAUUAUUAGAUUUUUAAUUCUGUGGAGAAACGACAUCAGUUCUUCUGGUCCAGAGUCUUCCUUAAGUCCCGUUCUGGAAACAAAAAAUCCCCAUAAUCUUUGGGUACAACAGGAAGAGCAAGGAGCAUUGUGGCCUCAUGAUGUACUACAAUAACCGACUCAUCAAGGCCUAUCAUCGUGUCGGCUGUCAGGUAACAGACCGGAGAGGCAUCGGAGUCAUUGGUGUGAUUGAGUGUAAUCAUCUGGAACCGACUCAAAACAAACAGGACUUUGAAAACACGGACACUUACAGGAACACUAUCAGAAAUGUCGCAACCAAGUUAGGAGAAUACAAUAGAAGUACCAAUCCCGGCGAUAAAGAACCCAUUGAGGAAACGGAUGACGAGAUGACCGAGAAUGAUGAUGAAUCAGAAGUGGCGUCGGGAAACUAUUUCUUUGCUUUUCAAAACAACAAGAACUCCUUCACGAGCACAUCAGAGACCAGCGACAACGUAUCCCCUGAUGAAACGGAUGACGAGAUGCCUGAUGAAGAUGAUGAAUCAGAAGAGGUGAAGCCGUUGGAGGGGGAGAAAGCCAGCAUUUCUGAGGAACAAGAAAAGAAGGAGGCAUGUGACGAGAGGCCUGAUGAAGAUGAUGAAUCAGAAAAGGUGAAGCCGUUGGAGGGGGAGAAAGCCAGCAUUUCUGAGGAGCAAGAAAAGAAGGAGGCAUGGCACACUAUCCAAACUGUGGCAUCCAAUUUAAGAGAUUACAGUGGAAAUAGUCGGACCAACCCCGGCGAUAACGAACCCAUUGAGGAAACGGAUGACGAGAUGCCUGAUGAAGAUGAUGAAUCAGAAAAGAACUCCAUCACGAGCACAUCAGAGACCAGCGACAACGUAUCCCCUGAUGAAACGGAUGACGAGAGGCCUGAUGAAGAUGAUGAAUCAGAAGAGGUGAAGCCGUUGGAGGGGGAGAAGGCCAGCAUUUCUGAGGAGCAAGAAAAGAAGAAGCCACGUGACGAGAAGCCUGAUGAAGAUGAUGAAUCAGAAGAGGUGAAGCCGUUGGAGGGGGAGAAAGCCAGCAUUUCUGAGGAGCAAGAAAAGAAGAAGCCACGUGACGAGAUGCCUGAUGAAGAUGAUGAAUCAGAAGAGAACUCCAUCACGAGCACAUCAGAGACCAGCGACAACGUAUCCCCUGAUGAAACGGAUGACGAGAGGCCUGAUGAAGAUGAUGAAUCAGAAGAGGUGAAGCCGUUGGAGGGGGAGAAAGCCAGCAUUUCUGAGGAGCAAGAAAAGAAGGAGGCAUGCGACGAGAGGCCUGAUGAAGAUGAUGAAUCAGAAAAGAACUCCAUCACGAGCACAUCACAGACCAGCGACAACGUAUCCCCUGAUGAAACGGAUGACGAGAGGCCUGAUGAAGAUGAUGAAUCAGAAGAGGUGAAGCCGUUGGAGGGGGAGAAGGCCAGCAUUUCUGAGGAGCAAGAAAAGAAGAAGCCACGGAACACUAUCAAAGCUCUGGCAGAAAAAUCACCUGAUUAUAGUGGAAAAAAAAGGAAAAACUCCAGUGCUAACGUUGAGGAUACAGAUGACGAGAAGCCUGAUGAAGAUGAUGAAUCAGAAGAGGUGAAGCCGUUGGAGGGGGAGAAAGCCAACAUAUCUGAGGAGCAAGAAAAGAAGAAGCCACGUGAGGAGGGUCCUGAUGAAGAGUAUAAUUCAGAAAAGUAUGGAAACUGGAGGUAUUUUGAUGAUGACGACUGGAUCACAUUCCUGAGCACACUACAGACCUCAGGAGAGGGUGCUUCUGGUACAAAGAGGCCGAGGCCUAAUUGUGACGAAGGAGAGUCUGAAAUGCACUUCAACCCGACAAACUCUGCCGCCCCAAGACUAACGGAAGAAAAACAGGACCUGCCGGCGCAAAUACAUGAACUGAACUUAAAGGUGAAGCCGUUGGAGGGGGAGAAAGCCAAAAUAUCUGAGGAGCAAGAAAAGAAGGAGGAAUGGAACACUAUCAAUGCAGCUCUGGCAGAAAAAUUACAAGAUUACAGUGGAAAAAAAAGGAAGAACUCCAGUGCUAAAGUUGAGGAUACAGAUGACGAGAUGACUUAUAACGAUGAUCAAAUACAAGAGACCUCCACCCCGAACACACCACAGACCUCCGGAGAGGGCACUUCUGGUACGAAAAGACCAAGGCGUAAUUGUGAUGAAGAAGAGUCAGAAACGCACAUGAACCUGAGAAGCUCUAAUGCCGCAACUCGCGAGAACGUUGAGAUAAGCAGGGAGGAGUUGCUGGUGGCCAAUGGAAGACUAACGCAAGAAAAACAGGACCUGGCGAAGCAAAUAGAUGAACUGCGCGCACAGGUGGAGCAGUUGGAGAAGGACACUUGUAGGUGUAAACAGUACAGAGCAAGUCUGAAACGAGAGGUCAACAACGGAUUAGAUGCCUUGUGGAACAAAGUGCAAAGUCUUGGAAGAGAUAUUGGAACAAGUCCUCCUGGUCCUACUUCCCAUUAGCACCAUUAACCCACAUUGGUUACUUUUAUAGAGAAAGUGUAUGUACAUUUUAUAUACCGAAGUGACUAUCAUUGGAAUCUAUGUUUAUUAAGCGGUUUGGGGUCUCCGCACCUAUCUCACCUAACUGCUUUCCAGGUAGGUCAAUAGAUAUAAAACAAGGUCACAACAUUCGAUAAACUUUACUGGGCGUUCACACCAAAAGCUAUAAAGCGAUCCGAGCGAUAAAUGCCCAUUCACUUUCUAUUAGACUUGAGCGAUAGCUGUAAAGCUGUAAAGCGGUAAAUGAGAGUUGAAAACAGCUCAACUUUAUUCAAAUAACUAUCAGCGAUUUAGUUGUUAAUGACCCGACAAUCAAUCUGAAUGUAUUGAGGAGCAAGAAAGAACGUUCAAAUGGUUCACACGAUGAGCGAUAGAAAUAUGUUUGACUACUUGAGUUAUUCUGCGAUUUUGCAUCUUUUACAGCUUUUGGUCUGAGCGCACAGCUAGAGUCCCACGGGUGCCUUAGGGUUUUGGCAAAGACAUUGUUUAGCUUUGAUACACGAGUAGUUGGCUAGGCUCCUGGAUGACCUCGGCCUGGAGGACCUAGGCUCGAUUCCAGCUUUAUUACCUUUUUUAAUGUUUGAUGUUUAUAUUGUAAACUUCUUUUUAAUAACUCUUUCGUGUUUGAUAAUUUAGUGUUUUUAUUGAUAAUAGUGGUUUAAUUUCUACUGCUUGUUGUAACUACAUGUGCUUUUUUAUAUUGUUCUGUAAUUCAGGGCAUUGCUGUAAGGGAGACUUGGUCAAAGACCGAAUGAAAAAAUAGACAUAUUUAGAAUGAUCACUUUAUUAAACCAACAUUUUAUUGGUCUGACGGGAUAUAAGGUAUUAACUUUGUUUUCGUUCAUAAAGGACAAGGGUCAUUAAUUUUUUUUUGUUUUCUGUGUUGAUUCUUCAUUACAAAAAUCAACAUGUUAAGAAUGUUCUUUACUUUAAUAUUGUAAGUGUAAGUUUGUGUGAUGGAUCUUUAUUUAGUCCUGAAGCUUUGCCAUUGGUCCUUUAAUUAUCAGACAAGGCAGACCUCCCGAGGCUGAAUGAUGCAUUAGAGAGCGGGCUUUGGCUUUCAUGGGUGUUCAACAUCUUUGUUUAUGUUUUCAUUGCAAUUUUAUCCAAUCAUGUCACAAAGAAUGAGAACACUAAUAUUAGUUGAUGGUAAGGGUAGGCCAUAUAUUUUACAAUCAUUUUGUAAUAUUUGUUUUAAUUCUCUUUACAUACCGACAGCAAUCAAUAAAUCAAAUGCUCUGAUCAAAAUAAUGAAGAAAUCUGGUAUCCGUUGCUUUCUCCAUUCUGUGAUAAACCCGUCAAAUCACCAUGACCCGUGGCUUUACCGACUAAAUAAACUAUGCAUCUAUCAAGGAAUAUCAUCA